AGGGCAUCACUUUCCCGCCCAACAGUACUCUGUCCCUUUUUUUCUUUUAUCUCACUUUCUCACAAACCCUAGAUACAAAGUUUCCUCCGCUCCGCUGCUUCAUUCAUCUCCUUCACUUUUUGAUUUCACUGUAAUCUUCUCUCAACCUCAUCGAUCAAGAAAAUCCAAAAACCCUAAUCUCUGUCGCCGCUGAUCAAGAAAAUCCACCACUAUCUCUUACGAUUUCAUUAACAUCUGAUGAAGGUGAUUUUGUUAUGUUCGUGUAAUCUGUUCGUUGGAUGUGUUUGAGAAUCGGUAUUUGAUUAAAAGGUUGAAACGGUGAGGAUUUGAGGAAAUUUGGGAGUUUGAGAAGCUAGGGUUUGUGGUUUUAGAUGUAAUGUUGUGUUCUAGUGUGUAGGUGAAGGAUCCUGCUGUAAAAUAUACAAGUGGAGACACAAGUUCACCAACUGUUGCAAUGAAGUUCAUACUCAAGCAUGGUAAAAGUGAAUAGGAUACUCAAAUCUCAGACAAGAAAUUGAGAUUUUGAGAAAAUUGAAACAUGAGAAUAUUAUUCAAAUGUUAGAUUCGUUUGAGAGUCCACAGGGUUCUGUGUUGUUACUGAAUUUGCUCAAGUAAGUAACCAGCUCUGUUCUUGAUCUGUUUCUUUUGUUUGAUUGAAAUGGAGAUUGAUCUUGUAGAAUUUUGAUAAAGUGUGGUUGAUUAUUUUUUCGACUCAGUCUUGUGAUUCUCGAAAGGUUGUGCAGAGUAUGAUAAGUGAGCUUGAAUCGCAAGGGGCGCUUCCGAGUAGCAAUUUGAGGGUUUCAUCGUUGGCUACAUGUUGCGGACCAAGGAGUACAUGAUACCAAGAAACUCAAUGUCUUUAUGUUUUUACGACACUCGUGGAUUUUCCAAUAAUUUAACUCAAAAUUUAGAGAUGAUUAAGCAAUGGAUGACAAAAGGCGUCCGUCAUGGAGAAUCGAUGAAAAGGCUCUCUGUUUUGAAAUGUAUGGAGAACAGGCAUGCAGACACACAAUACAUUCAUGCAGUUACUGAAGUUUUCAGUUCACCAUUUUUGUCUUUUAAAGAUCAUAAACAUGUUAUCGCAAUUACACAUGGAGAUCUACUUUCAAUCUCUGAACGUGCGCGUGUUGGUGUUUAUCUAGGACAUCUACUUGGUGUUCAUCCAAGUAAACAAACAUUUGAUGUUCCAGAUAACUGUGAACUGACAACUGAGUUGACUAUCAUUGACUUGGUGCGUUAUGCUCUUGAGCAUGCAGAUAGGAAUCUUCCCUGCAAAUCCAGACUCGCAAUUAGCAAGGUUUCUACUAUUCAACUAUGGACACAUUUGCUACUACUAUUAGUCAUAGGAUUGUUAAUGUUUACAGCCCAUUUUCAUGGAUUCCGUUCUCUGAAACUUAAUCCUGAACCAAGCCUCGAAAUAAAGACAGUUAUGGAAUUUGAUCAAGAAAUCAUUCCCGAACCAGACCUUUAUUUUUUUACUUUUAAUGCCAGAUAGCCAUACCUAUGAAUUGUAAACCUCGAUGAAUUGUAACAAUUUUUCAAUCUUAUUAUAGUGAUAUUUAUUUACGUUUCACUUU